CGAUCCGUUCUCCUGAUAUCCUGCUGACAGACAGACAGACAGACAGACAGACAGACAAAGUCUUCACAUAAAGUAGCUGAAGCUACUUAAUAAUAUUCCAGACUUGACAUUGGUACUUGUCACAAAUUACCUGUUUAAUAUGUGCAUAAUCAUGAGUCACAAGAUUGGGAUGAAUUUCACCCCACUACUUUUUUGCGAAAGUUCACAAAUUAUUAUUUAGAAUGCAAAUGUAAACGUCACGGGGACGACUUGCGUAGCAUUAUUGCACUAAAUACAUACAUACAUACGUAUUCACAAUUUGUGUGAUUCAUUCCAUUCAUACGUAGAAUCAGGCUAGAAAUUAACCUGUAAUGUAAUAAUGUAAUGUGACUAACCAUCAUCAACCAACCAACAUUACUCAUCCAAUCCAGUGAUCCUAACCUAACACCAACGUCAUCGUCUCACUUCUCGCAUCCUCAUCCUCAGCCAGAUGCACUUUUAAUCGUCUCACUUCACUCACUCCACAUUUAGGGAUACCGGCGACAGGAAGUUUUUUUUUACUUUUUGUAACACAUAAAAUUAAAUUGAACUCGUCAGAAAUGGAACCAUUUCUACCUCUCCUGCAAUUUAUUUGUAACGGCCUCACAAGUAUUUUUCUAUCCGUGCAAUCUCUCUCGAACCGGAUAGAUUCCGGAUAUCCGGAUUCACCCGAAGUGAAAACCCCGAUGGGCGAGGUCAUGGCAGAAAUGACCAGUUUAUUCGAAGCAGUAGAUCUCAUGAAGCCAAUUAUUGAAGAGUUGGCCCGACACGAGGGCGAAUUACUGGACCAAGUCACUGUAAACAAUAUUACGGAUCCCAUCAUGUUAAUCAUUUACGGGGCGGAUCCAUUAUUCAAAAAGCUUGAAAUUCUUGAAAAUGCUCUCCAACCCGGAGAUUCUGAAGGAAGACAAGUUAUCAAAAAUAUUUCAGACGUGCUAACUCAAACGAGUGAAACGGUGACCAAAGUAUUAAAAAUGUUGAAUGAAAUGGAUGCGCUGAUAAAUUAAUUUUGCAUAGCAGAAAGGAGGGAGAAUAAAUAUGUGAAUUAGUAAAUUAUAUUGCAAUUAAAUUAAGAUAAACUAAUCGUAUUUUACAGUGAACAAAAAGUUCUUUAUUUUCCAUGGAAAUUGAAGACAUUUUAAAUAUUUUGGACAAAUAAAGUUGAAAAUAUUUCACACAC